AUGAGUGAAUUGUUGUUAACGUCAUCAAAUGAUUCUUUUGAAUCAUCAUUUACAGAAAAUACAAAUGAAACAUUUGACUCUUAUUCAUUAUUAUUUGAUAAAGCUAAACAUAAUUUUUCUACAAGUUCAGAAAUUUCAUUUAUUAAACAUGAUUCAUUACCAUUAGAUCAAAACCAAACAGUUACAAAAGAAACAUUAACAACAAUUAAUGAUCCAUUAAACGAAAAUUCUAUAAAUUUUAAUCCUUGGUUUUUAUUAUUUACACAAGAUAAUGAACAACAACAAACAGUAAGUGUUUUUUAA